CUCGUGAACACAAUGCGCUUCCGCGGGACGUUGGCGAAGGACGCGUUGGCUGUGCUGCUGGACGUAGCGCAAUCCUUCGCUCGCCUCGGCUCCUCAAGCAGCGCCAAGACCAACUGCGUGUUCACAUUAACCCCCGAGACAUUAUCCAUCGCGCUCAAGAGCGGCGGCGCUGAGGAGCUCCAGAGCUUCGCCCGACUGCAGACCGCUCGUCUCUUUCACGACGUCGUGGUGCAGUCCCGGGCCGAGAACCACAUCGGAUUCCUAUGCGAUGUACGGCAUUUCCAGCAGGCCUUAACGUCAGGAAAAGAUGCUAGCGCCGUCAUGUUGCGACUACUCAAGCGAGACGGCCACAACUUUCUGUGUCUGAGGACGCGAGCCGUGGAUAUCGAUAUCGUGCAGAGCAUUCCCAUCGAGGUGCUGGCCAUGAGCACCGUGGAGCACUACAGAGAGCCCAGUGUACCGGCUCCACAGAUCGCAAUCGAGAUGCCGCCGCUGCGCGCUCUACGCAGCAUCGUGGACAGACUCAAGGUCAUGCACAAGACCAUGACGGUGGAGGCCAGCAAGACGGGGACGCUCAUUCUACGCAUCGAUACACAUCCACUCACGCUACAGACUCUGUUCGCACACUUGCGAUAUCGAGAUGAUUUGAUUGACGAAGAUGAGGAGGACGAGGAGGAAGAAGAGCGACGGAGACAACGACGCUCUUCGAGUGUCACAGUUGAUAGCAAAGUGCUGAGCAAGGCGAUUCUAGUGGAUGGACAGUCGACGGACUCGGUGUUGUGUUGUAUCACGGAGAAUAGGGCUAUGGUGUUGCACUCCAUUCUCGUGGACUCUUUUGGGUCGUUCACUUGCUACAUCCCCGUACUUACACCCGAUCUCUGA